AUGUAUAUAGAACAAUUCAAAUUAAUAGAUCUUAGCUGUCCACUUUGUAAAGAAAAUUUUACUGAAAUGGAAAUACUUAACGCUCAUGUUACUUCGCAUUCAAACAAUUUGCAAUGUGAAUUGUGUUCAGAAAUGUUUAGCAAGAAAAAGGGAUUGAAGUUACACAAGCAACUAGUUCAUACAUACGAUUAUAAUAAAUAUGAAGAGCAAAUAGACAUUAAAGAAGAACCAGAUGUCAUUGAAACUAAAGUGAAAACAUUUGAUCCCGAUGCAGUAGAAAAGAAAAGGAUAGCCAAGCUAAGACGACAAAACAUUGCCUGUGUCUUAAACAUGUCCACAGCUACACCUUUCAAAUACUAUAUGAAUAGGUUUCGUUGUUUCUAUUGCUCGAAAAACCAUCCAGAAUUUGAACCAAUCAAAACUCACACUCUCACUAAACACACCUACUGCGAUCCUGAGGGGAUAGCCAUGAAAUCCAUUAAAGGGAAAGAUGCUAUAGUCAAAGUAGAUAUUAGUUCCUUAGCUUGCAAGUUAUGCUGCAUGUCAAUUAGCGACCUAGACGCUCUAUCAGACCAUUUAGUAUCAAAUCAUCAUACGAAACACGAUAAAUUGAUGAUGGAUAUAGUCCAACCUUUUAAGAUAGCGAAGGACAACAUGGCUUGUCCGCUCUGCCCGAACGUAGCUUUUAGGUACUUUGUAAAGCUUUUAGAACACAUGAACGAAAGCCAUUCUAAUAAUAACGUGAUAUGCGUUUACUGCGGCCAAGCGUUUAGGAGUACGCCGUCCUAUAGAGGUCAUCUAGCGAGGUAUCACAGGCCGAACUCGUGUAAAUGUCCCGACUGCGAUCUAGUGUUUCCUAACCCGCCUAAACUUACAACGCACAGAGCAAACGCUCACGGUGCUAAAGCUUUCAAAUGCUCCAAAUGCAGCGAGAGAUUUUCCACUCAGUAUCUGAGGCAGAAACAUCUCAUUGACGCCCACGGCUCGGGGCACAAAUGCUCUUUCUGUGACAGAAUGUUUGCUAGGAACUCCUACAUGAAAGACCAUAUCAGAAAACUGCAUUUGAAGGAGAAAAACGUGGAAUGCUCAGUAUGUAAGGAGAAGUUCUUCGAUAAGACGAGACUGAAUAUACAUAUGGUGAAACAUAUCGGGGAGAGGAACUAUCAUUGUGAUAUUUGUGGAAAAACUUUUCUUUGGAAGAAAAAUUUAAGAGGCCAUAUGUCUUCGCAUAAACGGAGCGCUUAGUUUUACGU